AUGCUGGAGACCCGAUUAACUGAAGAACACAGCGGUGCUUCAAAAAACUGCAGAAAAGAUAGAAUUAAACCGGGUGGAACUCGACAGGAGGCUGAGGUAAAUGACGGACCAGGUAUAGAAAACAAAAGAAAUCCCAAAUAACUGAAAUCUAACAACUGCAUGAUGCCCAGCGUACCAAAUAAUAGAAAAAAAAUAAUCCUCGAAUGUUGAAUUGAAUCAAGAAAUGAUGGAAUAAUCUCAGAGCACGUCAGCAGUACUGAAUUCUGGAUACUCACCAGUCUAGAGCCGUGAUGAUAACCCCCACCCAGAGGGGAAUCAGGCCAUUGCUCAGAAUUUUAAUGGCUAUGGCACUCCCGAUUACUUCCUGAAUGUCAGCGCCAAUCAGUGCCACCUCCGCCAUGAACCAUAGAAGCAGCCGAGCCCACCGAGGGUACUCCUCUCUGCACAGCUCCGCCAGGUGCCGCCCCGUGGCCACGCCAAGCCGGGCAGAGAGGAGCUGGAUCAGAAGCCCCAUGGCUGUUGCCCACAUAAGAAGCCAAAGCAGGGAGUACCCGGCGAUGGCCCCAGCCUGGAGAUCCCCCUCCAGGUUACCGGGGUCCAGGAACGCAACGCUCAUCAGGAAUCCCGGCCCCGUGAACAGCCACAGCUUCCGCCACGAGAAGGGCGGGGCGGCGUCGCCCGAGCAACCCAACCCGUCAUCGGAAUCCGAGAUCUGGACGACAAUCUUCUCUUUCUGGUCGUAGGCCCUCUCCUCUUCAUCGUCUUCCUCCUCCUCCGCUUCCGGGGGUCGUACCGGGAGCAGGCUGUUCUCCUCCCCGUCCCCUUCCUUCCUUGGAGUACCCAUGCCCGGUUCUCGCGACCCAGUGGACGAUGA